ACCUCAAGAGGGCAGCUGAGCUUGACACGCCGCCGACACACACACAAAACAACAGACCCGCGACCUUUCAAAAUUUUAACUGUUUGUGUUUUCGAAUGUAGACCUAUAUUCUGGAGGUUGUUAUUGCUUAUAAACAUGGACUAUAUUAUAUUGAAAGAACUGAAUGAAUAGACUUUGAUCAUUCUGAUAAGUCAGUAUGUCUUCACCGAUAGGAGAAAGCAUCGAGGACUAUCAAGUCCUCAACUUGAUUGGCAAAGGUGGCUUUGCCUGUGUUUAUCGAGCAAGAUCCCUGACGACUGGAUUAGAAGUUGCUAUCAAGAUGAUUGACAAGAAACUGAUGCAGUCGUUUGGGAUGGUGCGUCGUGUACGGAAUGAAGUGGAGAUACAUUGCCAACUGAAACACCCAUCAAUACUAGAGUUGUAUAGUUACUUUGAAGAUGAGAACUAUGUGUACCUUGUACUAGAAAUGUGCCACAAUGGAGAGUUGAACCGGUUUAUGAAGACCAACAACAGAGUUUUCACGGAGGAUGAAGCUUGUCAUCUGAUGCAUCAGAUUGUCAUUGGCUUGCUGUACCUGCAUUCGCACGGGAUUCUUCACAGGGAUCUCACUCUGGCUAAUAUACUCCUCACGAAGGAUCUAAAUUGUAAAAUAGCAGAUUUUGGUCUUGCGACGAAGUUGAAUCUACCGAGCGAGAAACACUACACAAUGUGCGGUACUCCAAACUACAUAUCACCGGAGAUUGCUACACGCAGCGCCCAUGGACUGGAGUCCGAUGUCUGGUCGUUGGGUUGCAUGCUGUUUACUUUCCUGACCGGUAAACCGCCCUUUGAUACUGAUGCAGUCAAAAGCACUCUGAACAAGGUAGUGUUGGGAGAUUAUCAAAUGCCAGUUCAUUUAUCUUAUGAGGCCAAGGAUUUGAUUUUCAAAUUGCUGAAGAAGAAUCCGUAUGAUAGAAUAUCACUGUCAGGAAUUCUAGACCAUUCUUUUAUGACCAGGCCAAAAUACAAACAUCAACGAAAGGAUCACCGGACGUCACAAAAACAGAGGAUAACUGAAGCAUCAAUUGAUAGUGGAAAUGCAACAAUGGCAACGAUUUCUACAGCAAUGACAAGCACCGGACGAAUAACAUCACGUAGCAAGCCCAUGAAAGCUUUUCCCACAUCAAACCUCACACCAGUUUUACCAGAAGAGAGGCCAAUUCUAGCCAAUCAGAAGGCUGCUUCUAUGAGCAACAGCUCGCUAGGACGAGGGGAAGAUGUUUGGCCGAGACAUGCUAGACAGUCACCACCAUCGAGACAAAGAACAAAUUUGAGCAGCUCCAAUUGUUCGGGAGGCUCAAAGGGACCGUUUGACCUCAGUGGUAAGGCAACCUCACCCGUGGACCUCGCCACCUCAUCCAACUCGUGGCUAGCCGGUAUUAAAGAUAGCAAAGGGAAAUUAGGGACAUAUCUAGCUCAUGACAGACAGCGUGGCAAUGUUGAUGGUGGGAAUAGUAAUAUUCUAUCACCUGAAAGGCACUCCUUCCUCAGAGGAAGUAGCAGAGGGUCAUCCUCAAAGAUGCCUCAAAGUGGUGAGAGCAGAUCAAGACAACAAUGGAAGGGUAGCAAAGAGGAUGACUUGUACUCAUCUAAGGAAAAAUUAACAAGUUUGAGUAAUCUGAGUAGAUUUGAUUACCUCGACAAUCCAAGACUGAAACGCUACAAAUUUUCAUCUUCCCAAGAGCAACUCUUCAGAAGGACUGGCAUCCAUGAUGGCAUGGGUGAGAGAUCAUUGUCAGAGCAAGAGCUCAGCUCAAUAUCUGAAUCCAGACAAACACAGAAGGCCACUUUGCAGGCCGAAAGCAGAAAAGAAUAUUCUUCUGAACUAAACUUGCAUGAUGAGAGGAUUGUAACAAGAUCAACAAACAGUCAUAGAGCUCAUGAAAACCAAAAUUUUGAUUACACCGGCAAAAGGAAUUAUCAGAAAGAUGAUUGUUUUACUGAGAAUAGCAUCGAAAGAGGAAGUGACUGGAGGUCUAAGGGUACAAAUGUACAUGGUGGGCAAUAUCAACAACAAAAGGAAUACCAUGAACAUGGAGGUCACCAGUCUGAGCUGAAAGAGAUUCGACAUAAUAAUCAUGGCUCUGGUAUCUGCAAGAAUAAUGCCAUGCCUGAUGGAAAUCAGCAGAUGAAGAAGGUGCAAGAUGGCAAGGAAGUCUCUAAAGUAGAUGUAAAGAGCCAUGGUGACCUGCCACCACCUCUUAAUGCCAAGAGAUUGCGGCCAAUCAGGCAGAGAACAAGAAAUGCAAUGGUAAGUAUCUUGGACACUGGUGAAGUCUGUCUGGAAUUCCUCAAGACUCGAGAAAAUCAAGAGAAAGUUGUGGAAGUUGUCAGGAUAUCUGAAGAUGGUUUGCAGCUCUGUGCCCGAGCUAAAAUACAGAAAUCGACUAGUGGAAUACGUUUGAUUGAGGGCAACGGAUCAGCUUACACACUACAAUCGGUUGGUGGUGUUCAAGGUCUUAAAAAUCACAUGCGUCAACUACUCCAACAUUUCUAUGAUUCCCACGAACAAUGUCAGACCUUGGAGUCAACGAUAUCCAGCCUCGAAAAGAAAACAGACAAAGGGCCGUACUUCCCGCUGAUCCUGUGCAGGAGGCCUGCAUCUUCUGAUUCAGAGAAGGAGAAUUUAAAGUCGCAAAAAGCUGUAAAAUGCCGGUCGCCAAAGAACCAAGGAUCGGACAAAGUGCUGCAGUCUUCACCCAGCAUCAUAGCUCCUGUCACUGCCUCUGUCUGCUCGUUUGACGGCACGGUGCUUAGUUCCAGGAGUACUGGUAUAAACAAAGAUCACAACCAUAACUUUGAUGACAAAGGUUUCAAUAAGCAAGAUAAACAGAGUGGUAUGUCACAUAACAACAUCAUUAAAAGUAUUUUUGUUCCAAAUGUUGGCUGGGCAUCGCAGAUGGCAUCGGGAGAGGUAUGGGUUCAGUAUAAUGACGGAUCGCAGAUUAUUGUCAAGUCUGCGACCACUACGGUCAAGUACAUCGACAUGAAGGGCAAGAUGAGCAGGUGAGUCUGGGGGUCAGUG